CAGGCCAACAUCGACUGCGACUUUGAUUAAAAUUGAAGGAUUUUCUGAAAAAAUGUGCGAAAGAUUUGGUCAAGAAAUUGUGAAUUUUGUUUCGAAAUAUUGCAAAGAAAAUGAUCUGUCUAUGGACAAAAUGUCUUCGCUUCAGGUAGGUCGAGCUGUUUUGUAAGACGGUAGAGCUGUUCCACAGGGUGUGUUGAACCUACGGCGAUGUUGGAGGAACGCUAACAAAAUAAUUCAUUAGCAUCUGUUGUAUUACGAGUGUGUUUUCCUCCAAGGGGUUGAUUGCCAUCAACUAAUAGGUUUUCUUUUUUCAUACUUAUAAAGAUCAAGACCUUUGAGUAUCUAUACAGUAGUGGCACCUUUUUUUGUUUCAUUGUAAACAAAAUUGGCCAAAUACGAAUUAGGGAGUUAAUGUGGCCGAUCGAAAUCGCAUUUUCUACCUUAGGGAACUGAAUACUAUUGUGUAAGCAUUGGCGGAUACCCCCGUUAGGUUGCCAUGGGUCGUAUUAACUAAACAUCACAAGUAUACAUUAUUGUCAUUUGUAACUCACCAUGCAAGCAACCAUACUUGCGAAAUUUGCAUUUUAUAUUUCAACAUUUUAUCUUUUAGCAAUCCGUUGUUUCCGCUGCAAUAUCACUGUCAGCAACCGUGGCUGCUUCUUACAAAGCUUUUCACGAAGGAAAUCAGUCUAUAGUAAGUUUUCUUAGUCAGCCCAUCUAUUUGUUUCGGCCUUUGAGUAGAGCUGUUCACUGCAAUGACGUCACUCAAAAAAUAUGGAAAUGCAUGGUGAAAAUUUUGACUUGCAUGAUUACAACGGGCAAUUUCGCCAAUCGCUGGUGCGUUAGAAAAAUUAAAAGUGUAUACACGAGAUACACGAGGUAUUCCCAGGCGGUCGUCCAUUCAAAUGGCGUGUAAAUCCCAUUUGCGUGACGGGUUUGGUUAAGGUUUUCAACUUUGUUUGCUGUACGAAACAAACGCCAUUGUCCACCAAUGUCCCCCAUUGGCCAUCAAUGUCCACCAUUGCCUAUUCAGUUAUAGGAACAUCAGGUGUGGAAAAUAUAGGCGAGCACGCGAGCACUGCCCGCAGCCCGAAAUGUUAAACAGCUGCAGGAAAUUCGUUUGAAUGAAGAUUUGCUAUUGUAAAUUUGAAGGAAACCUUAACACCCAUGUCCCACUAUGGACGCAACAACGUAUGGUUGACAACCAUUCCUUGAAUUUAAAACCAUGGUCAGCUAGAACACUACAUGUUUAUGCGCAUACAGAUUUAGUACAAAAAUAGUUCGGUUUUCCUGCUCUAAGGGACAUCGACAAAAUGUUACUUUACCGUAUAGCAUUUUUUCUCAACAUGUUCAGUAAUUACAUGCUGAAGGAAAGUGAGAAGUUAACCGAAAAGUAUAAAAAUUUAUAUCUUGUGUUUUAUAAAUUCGUAGAAUAAAACAUCCAGUUUAGAUAUUUAAAUGUUUCUAUAAGUUUCUCUUAGCUAAACAGGUUAAAGUUAUCGGCUUCUAAAAAAACCAUUAUACUUAUAGUUAUGUAUUUGCUAAACAUUCUCUUGAUUUUUUUUUAAUUCCAUUCAGGAAGAAAUUGCAAAGUCUCGCAACUUGGUUACAGGCACUAUUGAAGGUCAUCUUGGCGAGGCUGUCAAAGCUGGCUGCCCUGUCGACCUUAAAAGAGGUAAUAACACUUUGCAAUUUUUAACUGGCUUAUUGGCUGAGACUAUUAUUUUUCAUAUUUAAAACACGUUCGUGCGUAUUUUCCCAGUUGCACUCGAAACUCGGCUGUUAAUUACACAAAGAACGCCAUGCCAACACGAUAAAUUAUUACACACAAGAAGGAGUAGCAUGUGUUGACGUGAUUAAAAAAUCACAAGAUGAAUUUGAAUUUUCUUGGCAAGAGCAAGACAACUUACGACAAUAUUUGAAGAGAUUUUUGAUAACAUAUCAUUAAAUUUUGCGUUCGGUUUGGUUGUUCAACUUAAACAUGUGUUUGUUGAUUUGCUAAAAUUUUGUUUAAUUUUCUAUACUUAUUUGCAGAAAUUAUUUGAGAUUUUUAUAUUUACAGUUUCUAUCGCCAUAUAGAUUUAUCCAGAAAGUCUGCAGUGAUGCAGUCUAUUCUGAUGAGUAACGAGUUUUGAAAAUUUGUUUGGCAAGUUGAAUUCCAUAAUUUAAUUGAUGUUGGCUUAGGUCGGCACUUAAAUAUGAUUGGCUGAAAAUUAUGCGACCACAUCUCAAGAUGAUGCCUUUCUACUCAAAAUAAUUUGAUUCGGGAAUUAAUCGCACUGUUUCUGAAGAAUUGACUUCAAAUUGAUCACGAAUAUAAUACUGUAAAUAAUAUAAUUUCUUCAACACAAAGGUUAUUGACUUAGUACAAAGCAACUGCAGGGUGUUGACUUUCUUAAAUGUAUAUAAGUUUAAAAAAUUUAAAUAUAUAACUUCGUGUUUUUUUAUGUUGUGAGCUGGUGUAUCAGAUGAUAUCUAUGACCAAGUUGUGUCGGCGUAUAAAUCAGUUCAUUUUGGCCCAGGUAAGUUAUAUACGUACUGCAUGGAUGGUAAAAGUUAUUCACAGACCCUUGACAUAGAUCCUUGACGUGACGUCAAAUGAAACCCAAGAAUAUAUAACUUAGGCCUGUUCCAUACGCCGUACUUCACAUGUGCCGAAUACAUUAAAGACAAUAGACAAUGAGCUGAAUUACCGCAUUAUCUAUUGUUUUUAAUGUAUUCGGCACAUGUGAAGUGCGGCGUAUAUGAAACGGGCCUUAACGCGCUUAUUUUACCAAUGCUUUCAUGGGUGAAAAAUGACUGUUACAGCUUUGUUGCACAGUUAUUCAGCAAUCAUUCAAAGGCUUUCAGAAAUUAUUGGAGAGUACUUUCCACCUGCCCCCUGCCCGCCUCCAAGUACCGCCCACUGAUAGUUACUCCCAAUCCCAUCUCAAGUAAAGAAAGAAAAUGUGUAGAUUUAUUAACUCUCCUUCUUCGCGUGUGUUACCAUGCAUGUUUUUCUUCUCCCUUUGGAAUAUCAAAUUCUUUCUUUGACGUUUAGCGUAUUUUUUCAGACGGUUUCAGACUUGGUCCAAUCAAGGAACAACUACCAGCUAUAGGUUUUGGUAAAAUCAAACUAGCUUUGGCACAAUUGGAAAAAUCAACUGGUCAAGUUAUUCAAGAGGUAAUAAAACUGUGCAUGAAUGCUUUAAGUACUAUUUAAAACACGAGCAGGAGAAGUGCUUUAUCAGAUGUGGAACCAGAUAGUUUUAAAUUUCCUCGAGUGUUUUAAAGCACGGACUGCCAGUGUUUAAAAUCGCUUAAAAAAUUAUCCAUCUUUGGCGUAGUAAUUUUAAAAAUAAAUGUUGUCUAAGCCGAAGAAACAAAAGCUAAAUUUUAUGUAAAUUAACAUAAUUUUGUAUCACAUCUACUGUAAAACCACGAACAUGGCAGUGAUUUUCUUUGUAUUCUCCUCAUGAAUUAUUAAUGAAUUUUUAAGAGUUUAAACAAUGAGUGAUUGGAUGACCUGAAAAGCAAGGGAUUUUGAAAACAAUGAAAUGACAACCGGAUAUUCUGAUGCCACUAUUGUAAUGACGAGUGUUAUAUAAACAGCUGUUGACCUGUAUGCCUUGGGUCAAGAUUCUCUUCAUCUUAGUUAGUAAACUGCCAGUUUUAGAAAGUUAUGGGAUCACGUAAAAACGGGCCUUCGUGCAACAGUUUCAGGCGUUUAUCACAUCCAGUGAAGACUCAGUGAGCUCAAUAUAUAACUGGAGCAAGAACUUCAGUCAUUCAGUCUAUGAGAAAAGUGAAGGCAAGAUGGCGACCAUUGACGUCCAAUAUCUAUGACGGUCGUAAACAGUUUUCAUAUCAUUUUCCUGCUAAUCCCAGCUUUUUCCAGCGGACGGUAUCACUGAACAAGUUAUAUCAGUUCAUGAUUCUUUGAAUCGAAGUCAAAAUACGAAAUUUUGGCACACUUCUUGCAGCUUCGUGUUAACCGCGCAGACAAAACCAGUAGAAAGAGACUGGAACUGCAUGAUGUCCAUCUUGGCUUCACUUUUUGGGCUUGAGUUUUCACUCCGGAUAUGUAUGGAGUUCACUGUGAACACUAUCAAAUUCCUAUUCUUUAGACAAACAAAAACAUCAGCUCAUCGCAAGGAACAAAACGGAAACUACCGGCAAUGAUAAAUAAGAGUGACCCGUCCAAAAGGCGUCUUAAGAUUUAGGUACAGUACUAACUGUUUAAAUAUUUAUAUUUGACGCCUAAAUAUGUAGAUAUACUACAAGUAGAAAGUGAAAUGUUCAUAUUUUAUUAUUAUAUUAGUAAAUAUCUGAAGACUUAAUAUCUUAAACCACACAUAGAUUGGCAGAUUGCAUGCUGGGUUAAUUUAGGGGCCAUUCACAAAGGAUGUCCGGCCAAAUGAUGGAUUUUCAGACCCCCCCCUCCCCCCCUUGUCCGGCAUUGUCCGAAUUAGUGACCCCCUCCCCCCGGACAUCCACCAUGCCUCGCAAAAACUCACACAACCUUGUAUAUGUCAAGAGUAAAAAACUUUUUUACUUUUAGAACUUUUUUAUAAUGUGAAUACACAAAAACAUAUAAAUUACUCAUUAAAACAAAAUCUAGUGUUAACCGCAGAGUCAAAAUGCCAAUUUCACAAUGAGAAGGACUGCUCAAAAUAGAGGGAAAAAGAAAUUUGUUUUUGAAUUUUUUAAAAUUUCGGACAUCCGGAUUGCUAACCCCACCCCCCCUCCCCCCCUAUGUCCGAGUUUGUCCCGAUUUUCCAAACCCCCCUCCCCCCUUGGCUCGAACAUCCUUUGUGAAUGGCCCCUUAACAGUGUCAGAGAGUUUUUGUGUUUGCCGACGAAACCAGCUUGAUUGACUCUCAAAAUACUCUUAAGCUAUAUAUUAUUUGUUCCUGUUUGUGUCCUGCAAGUGACCGAAAAAUAACAUAUAAUACGAUAAACUUUUCAAGCCAGACCAGGAAAUAAUCACUCGAUUACUUGACUGUAAUAGUUUAAGUAAACUUUGCAAUCAACCAAGAUGCAAGUCAAUGUUAUUGAAACACAUCAGUUCUCAAACUAUAUUAUUAUACAGAAUGAUGGGAAAUGUCACUAUUAUUAUUAUUAAAACUUUAUUUACA